AUGUCGUUCCCCAAUGUGUGGCACCACCGCAAGGUAGCUGACUCGGCCGCCAAAGGUUGUGAUAUAUGCUUCAGGCCGAGCACCAGCGUCCUGGUGACGCCUGAGAAGCAAGAUUUCUUUUACGUAUGUCCCGCACACCUCAAGGACACCAGAUUUGCCACGCCCGUCGUCGACGAGGCCGCCAUCGCCGCCAGGAAGAAGAAGGAGAUGGACGAGGAGCUUGAGCGGGUCAAGAAGGAGUAUGAAGAGAAGCAAAAGAAGAAACAGGACAAAUCCAAAGGAGAAGACAAGUCAAAGUCCGACGACAAAGACAAGGAUUCCAAGGAAGAUGAUAAAAAGGACGAGUCAAAAUCCAAGGACGAGCCAAAAUCUGAAGUCUCGACUCCAAAAGAAGAAGAGCCCAGGGUAUUUUCUCUUGCAAAGUAA